AUGAAUAAAGGUUUAUCGAAAAUAUUAGAAUUAGGUUUUUUUGUAGGUAGUUUUUUUUUCAUAUGGUAUAUUACUGGUGAAAAAAUAUUUAAAAGAAAAAAAAAGAUUGUUAAAGAAAACAUUUUAUUAAUUUUAAGAAAUUUAUGUUAUGAAAUUUAUACAGUAUUAUGUGAGACAUCAAAAACUACAAAACAUGUUUAUGACAUGUUAAAAAAUGAAUCUAAUACUACGAUAGAAUUAAGUAGACUAGAAGAAGUAUUACUAAAUAAUGGUUACAAAAAAAAAAUUGAAGAUGUAGAAAAAAAUGUAUUAAAAAGAUUUAAUGUAAGUGUAGAAGAUUUUUAUGAAGAAUUAAAAAAUUAUGAAAAAGAUGCCGAUGUACAAAAAUAUUUAAAUUCUAUAAAAAAAAUGUAUAAUGAAGCCCUUCUAGGGUUACAACCAAAAUUACCUUCAAUUGAUGAAAAAAUUUCUCAAGAUGUUAUUAUUAAUUUAACUAGUCUUAUUUAUAAAGAAAAAAGGAAAAUAUAUAAAACGAAAAUAGAUUCUAUGUUAAAAAAUAAUGAAAUUAUUGAUAUCCAAAAUACAUUUUCUAAUGCUCAAUUUUUUGAAAACCUACAUAAAUCUACACAACAUGUAGAAGAACAAAUCAUUAAAGAAAAUAAUAACUUAGUACCAAAUAUUUUUACCUUUAAAUAUUUAGUUAGCUAUUAUUCUAAUGAUCCUAAUUUUUUGCAAAAAAAAAAAUAUCUAGAAUCCAAACAUGGAGAAAAAAUGAUAAAAAUAUUGAAAAUUAAAACAAGUAAAAAGAAGAAAAAAAGAUCUCAUAAAGAAGAUCGUCAAAGUAGUAAUAGUAGUGUUAGCUUUAAAAGCACACCAAGCCUUGAUGUAUACAAUGUUCCUCAUCUUGGUCCUCUUGAAAGAGAGGAAGAUCAGUACUCUCAGCAAUCGAAGGAAAUGGAACACAUGGACAAAGAUAGCCAUGUAGAUUU